AUGUUAGUGCUAAUUAUUUUGUGGUAUUUGGCCGGACGUUCGCUAUCACUGCCACCACGUCCAUCAGAAAUUUUUCAACCAUUUCUACCAAUUGUACCACCACAUUGUACCAAAAUGAUCAUAACAAAAUCAUUGUUAUCGCAUGCUUUUGGUGGUGAUAUGGUACGUACACCAAUAAUGAAUGUACAUAUCGGUCUACAGAAUACACUUUGUUUUCGAAUAAGCAAUAGAUCUGAUUCAUCUUCAAAUACAUCGCAAGACGGCUUUUCUGACAGAAGCACCAGCGAAGGAUGGUUACAUACGUUAAGUUUAAUACAACUGGAACACCAUCAUCCAAUAUCACAGCAGUAUACAUUUGCAAUACCAGAAAUUCGAACAACUUGCAUAUGCGACUGUGGCUCAGCAGCCGAAGUUUGUUCGGCUGAAUCUCAUCUAUAUCAGAAAUGCAAUAGUACAAUUAAUAAGAUAACUAAACGUUUCGUGACUUUUUCAAGUUUGCAGAACAAUAUUUGCUAUCGUACUUUUCACGUAAGUCAAUCAGACGCUGGAUGUCCAUCGGGAAGUCAAUCAAAAUUAUGCUGUGAAAUUAGCCUUAAACCGUACAAAAACAUUACAUAUUCAGCAGUGCAACUAGAUCAACCGAACACAUUUGCUGUUUUUAAAUAUGUAGCCUAUGACUACACAGCUGGGCGAUGGUAUGAAAAAGAUAAGAGAACCAUUCGUAUCAACAUUGACGGUAGAACUCAAAGUCGAUUCUUAGAUAGUCGAAACAGGAUUCAGCUUGGCGUCAGCGCUAUGGGUAGAGCUAGCAAACAGUUGGAAUCUGGAAUGUAUUUUGCACGCAGUAAUCCUGGUGGAGAAAUGGAAGGACUUCGAAAGCAAAAAAUUAAUGAACUUAACGAAAACAACUUCGACUAUUUGGGCUGGUACAGAAAAGACGGUAGUGGAGAUUUUGUGGUUCAUCAUGGUCUAUUCAAAAUGCAGAAGAUACAUUCUGUGAAAGUGAAAAAUUGUAGGGAACAAAAAUUACAAAGUUAUUUGGAUGCUCUUCAUUAUGUGGACAAAAGUGGUGAAAUUGUGAUUGAACGGAAAUACCCGUGGAUAAAAAGUGCUCAGAUACAUGACGGUUCAUCUCGUCAGGCAGUUGUCAUUCAUUCUGAAGGAACAAACCUUGAAAUUAUAUUGCAGAUGAAUGAUCCAUAUGGCGCUUUAUCGUUUUACCAUGAUUUUUCAAAACUUGGCGAUUUUACUGGUACAAUUAUUGUGGACUUUAAAUCCAACAGAUAUUUCAAUCUUACUGCCUAUAAUGCAACUGGAAUUUUGUCUGGGGUAGUUAAAAAAACAACAGAUCAAAACAGUCUUGAUGAUUUCAGCUUUACGACUUAUAUCGAAGAUCUAAAAAGUGAUAAAAAGACAAUAAUUAUACCAAUGCCUGAAAUGAUUGGUGGUGGUGAUCGAAUGAUUUGUAUGCGACCAGACGAUAAAACACCGGAAGACCAGAUAUGUCGUAUUGUUCAGUUUCGGGAAGAUCCGCUUGAGAUUAAUCUACUGGAAAAUAGUUGGCGAGAAGUUACUGGACAUUGUCCUGACUGCAAUAAAAUAUCAGUAGCUGGAUUUUUAACAAAUUUAAAUCCGCUUAAUUGGGUCGACGGAGCAUUUUCGUUGAGUAAACUUAUUAUGGUUAGUGGAAACUUUUUGCUGUAUUGUUUCAUCAUAAUAAUUGCAUACAUUGUCAUAACACGUUGUAUCUUUCCGUUGGCACGAUGUUUCAUAUGUCCACUUCGACCGUCUGGCUGUUAUCAACCAUCGUUUCAGAAACAUCACUGUUGUAAACAUGAAUUCAUUUAA